AUGAACCCAUACUUUGCGCCUGAAGGCCUUGUAGCAAGCUACAAUGCACCUUCAAUGCAUAAGGGCGCCCAGUUUGUCCUCCACCCUAGUAUCUUGAGACCUUCACAAUAUCCCGACUCUAUUACUUUCUGGCAUAACCCUCAUGAACAACGCAUAUCCCAUCCUCAAGGUAACCAUUCCCGUUUGCAAAUGGCAUCCAUCCAAAAUGAUCAAAGAAAACACAAACGAACAAGAAGUGGAUGCUUCACAUGCCGUUCCCGCCGGGUGAAGUGUGAUGAAACUCAUCCGAUUUGUGAUCGAUGCAGUAAAGGCAAAAGAGAUUGCGUUUAUCCGCCGCCACCGGUGAGAAAAUCUGGAAGCCGCGCGAACCUGGAUGCUGCAGAAAAGCAUCCAGUAAUACCUGAAAGUGAAUCUUCCGAUGAAAAUGAUGGGCGUGACACGGCGAUUUCGAAAACAAACCCUACAGAACAGAACGAAGGUGCAAAAGAAAACAUCUCUCUGUCACCGACUAUACUGCGUCAGAAGGGUACUAUGAUUCGAAGAAAGAGCGUCCAAUCCCUCAGCCGGCGGAAACUGCGUCAGCCUUCAGACGCAUCGUCGAACACUCAGGAGAAAGGCAGUUCUCCCGGUAGUGAUAUUACGUCGGGAACUGCAGAAUCUCGGAGUCCUGGUAGCAACAUUGAAACGAGUCCAGAAUCGUUGGAACCUGUCUUGGAGGCCAUCUCGAACCUUCCUGUCACUUCCAAUCUCAAGUACGACAUCCGAUUUUUCCUUGAAUAUCACCGACAGCAGAUAACUUUUGAACACUACUGUUUGCGACAGCCGGCAGAAGCUUUUAUCAAGAAUGACCUUCUCGCGUCCGCUCUGCAAUAUGAACCGUUACUAUACGCCGUCGUUGGUUACUCAGCUUAUCAUUAUUCCAUCAGGCACCCUAAAGGCAAACUUUACACCUUCCUUAAAUAUUAUAAUCAGUCAGUAACGGGCCUGUUGAAGUCGCUUAGUUCUGGUAACAUCCACAAUGAUGCCAUGUUGUUAACUAUCCUUCAGUUAGCAACCUUCGAAGAAUAUCUAGGAGAUUGGGCUAGUGUCAUUGAUCAUCAUCAAGCCGCUCAUCGCAUGCUCACCGAGCUCUACACGCCCGAAAAAAUCUACCAAAAUGAGUUUCGUCGUCAUAUCUUCAUGUGGUACACCCGUUUUGAUGUGGUAUCCGGUCUCAUAGCUGGGAACGAAACAAUUUUGGAUCGAGAUUGGUACAUUGCAUGUGAAUAUUCUGCCACUGGAGAUGCUGCCAACAAUCCAGGGGAUCUCAACAAACAAUACUUGGCUUGGGGUGUCCGUAACAGAAGGAUCGCUAUGGAUAUGGCAUCUUUGAUUGCGAAGGCAUCGCGUGGGGUCAUCACAACAGAGGAAUUUAACCGCCAAAACAAGGAGCUCUCAAUCAGCAUUGAGGAAAUCCAGCAGAAUUGGAAUUCCUUGACCAAUCCACAACACCUUGUCAUGUCCUACCCGAAUAAGGUGCCUCUUGGACCAGAUGAUAUUGUCGAUCCUUACGUGCCAGGGGGAAUACAUAAUGAAUCGCAGUGGGAAAUGAACAACUGCCUUGUUGACGUACUUAGCACAAUAAUGAUGCAUAAAUACCAAACUGGUGUGUUUUUGCAGCAGCUGGACCUCGCAGAAUUGCAAUUCCUCGCAUUAGAAAUCUGCCGUGUGGUAGAAGCCAUGGAGCGGUGGCCCAAUCGUCCGAAAGACUCUAUGCUGUCGAUUCAUAAUGCUUUAGGGCUGUCCACCCUAUUUUUGCCGCGCGAUGAACAGCAUACCAUGUGGUGUCGGAGAAAAUUGGCGCAAGUAGAGCAACUAGGACACAUUCAUCCGCCCGCGUUCCGUACCAAAAUGGCAGAUUUCUGGCAACUUCCGGAACUGACUCACUGGUGGCUCCCCAAUGAUGAAGGCUAUCCAAGAUUAGUUCGUGAAAUUCGGGACUGGAUUCGAGAGCGAGAAUUGAAACCUCGAGACACCUUUCGGGAGGACGUGUGUGAUUUGAAAACGAUGUUCUGGCGAAUGAAUCUGGACGACACUGGCAGCACCAAUGAAGGCUCUCCACAGGCUCCAUCUUCCAUAAGCGGAGUAUUACCGUACCAGUCUCCGCCUUAG